AUGGAAUCACAAGACACUCUUCAAAACUUGAAUCUCGACUUCAAAGUUGGGCUUUUUGAAGAAUUUCAAGGGGCUACUAAGCUUGAGGUACCUGUUUAUUUACAAAACUUGUUAAUAGCUAAUGGACUAGAUAGCGAAAUUUUGUUAAAAGAUAUAACAGACUCGGAUAUUGCAAUAUGUGAAGAGUACUGCCGUACUGUUCUACACAAAAAUAUUCCACAACAUGAAUACAAAAAUUUUUAUGGUCCAAUUUAUUGCUACGAUCCGUCUAACUAUCAAAUGGUGCUAGAUCAUAAAAAAAUCAUUUUUCUCAUGAAAGAUUUUUUUCAAAAUAAAAAUAGAACAACUGAAGACAAAAGCACAAUGACUGAGUGCGCUAUCAACUCAAACUAUUAUUUACCUUCAAAAUCAUCAUCUGACGCAGGAGCAAUCCAGAAUAAAAUAAAAAAACUUGACAUAGAUCUUACCCAAGAGAACAAACACAUUUUUGCAGUAAUUAGAAAAUGGGUGGAAAUCCAACGUUCGGGGGCAAAUUUAGGUAACUUGAACUUCUUGAAUAAUAUUAAAGUCUGUGCUUCAAAGGACACACAUGAUGAGGAUAAAAUGAUGUGCAUUAUCACUUGCUUCUGUAGGACAUCUAUCAAAAUCCUUAAAGUUAGAAAAUCAAUAAAUGCACAACCUCGUUGGAUUUACACCAAUUUCUAUACCCAUUUCAAAAGAAAACAUUCAGGAGUUGAUCCUAAAUUACCUUACAGUACAAAAGAUAUCCAAAAUGAGUCCCGAGAGGGGUCUUCUGGAGAAUUGAGUGAAGUUCCCGAGGAAGUGCCUAUUAAAAAAAGUUCAACCAGUAUUAAAAAUUAUUUCAUAAAACUCGAUGAACCAACAACCUUGGCUACAACUUGUGUCAAAAAUCCUAAUUCAAGCAGUAUGACAGGUUAUUCUGCCAGUCGCAAUUUCUUUAAAAGUGAUGAAGCCUCGGAUAAAGCUCACACAAAUUUCGACAACUGUUAUGAGAAGUCGAAAUGUCGCAAGAUGAAUUCUCGGAUAAAUUUGAUUCAAUCCACAAAAUUAAAAAGAUUUAUUCCUGUCAUUGAAUCAGACCCGCGCACAGACUUUCAUUUGAUUCAAGAACCAGUUGAAAUAUCACCUAAUGGAUUAUCCACAAUCGUGUCCACAACAUCUGCGACGAGCUCGGCGACAAGUGAUGAACAUAUCAAAUUAUUAGCAGCCAAAAUAUCUGGAAAUACAGAGAACCUUCUAUCCGAGCAAUCAUCUGAAGAUUUUAGUCCUUCAAAAUGGGCUACUUGUAAAUACAGCCGUGAAGAACGCAGCAGAAGGAAGCGAGAAAAAUGCCACGACAAUCAAACAUUAUUAACAAAUUUUUAUCCGAUAUUACAAGAAAUUCAUUCUGUUAUUGAUGCAAAUAUAAAUAAUAAUCCCAAUAUUGUCGAUAUGCUGAAUGACACUGUAAAUAUCAUAAAUCUGCAAGAUGAAAAUACGAGUAGCAACUCGUCUAUAACGCAAAUAGAGAAAAUUGUGAAAACCGCUUUAGAAGACGCAUUAAAUGAUGCAAAAAAUUUAGAAAUGGAAGUAACAGAGAAUGACCGUUAUUCAUUAGACAUUAAAGAAAGUAAGAAUCUCAUUGACAAUUCGAGGAUUUCUACAAAUUUAGAUCUAGAUCACGACUUAGACCUAAACUUAGAUGAACCAACGGAUUCUGAAAUAGAUGCCGAAAUUUCAAGACACCAAGAUGAGCCUGAGAAUAAUUUGCAAAAACAGAUUUCACUCAAUGAUUUUAUGUUGGAUACUGACGCGGAUACUGAGGAUAAAGAAGUGUGUGUAAAAGAAGAUGCUAUUAAUUUGAAAGAUUUUUCAUACAAAAAUAUGAAAAUAACAGAGAAUAGUCCUUUUAUAAAAAUUAAUUUACCCCAAAAUAAAUCUGCUGUAAUAAAAAAAUCGAGUUAUUGUUGGUUGCUCAGUGACAACAACGGAAAAGUUAGCAGUGACAGACUGAAAAGGUUUAUUUUUAAAUGGAAAUCAGAAGAUGAAAAUUCUGUAAACGACUCGAAAUAUCAUACCCUCGAUGAUACCGUAAAUGUUAUAGACUCGGACACGGAGGACGAAACAUAUAAUAAUGCAAAUGAUAUAGUUUACGAUGACUCUACGGACACAGAAACAUUCUCAGACUUAGAAACAGAGAAAGAUGCGAUCGAGGACACAGUGGAAAUCUAUGAUGAAACAGUAGUGGCAGAUGUCGAGAAUAUGCAUAUUGACUGUGAUUGCUACUAUGCAGUGUUUUAUGAUGAGGAUUGGUUUAUCGGAAAGGUGCUAGAAAAAAUUAAAGAUAAAUUCAAAAUUACUUUUUUAAAAAAGGAACACAAUAAGUUUGUAUGGCCAGAGAAAGAGGACAUUGCCAAAGUGGAACAAAAGUAUAUUUUUUACGGUCCAAUUACUCUUUCGGGUUCCGACCUGGGUUCUGAUCCAUUUCAGCUAAAGCGAGUUGAUUUUUUGAAUAUAAAACAUAAAAUAAGAAACCAAAAUGAAAAAACGGCAAAAAGCACUAAGCGAGAAAGAAUAAUCGGAGAACUAGAUUUGGAUGACAAUGAAGGAGGUGUUAGUUCGGACGAUUCAAUAGCAGAUCCCCUAUGGGAAUAUUUUGAUGAGAGCCCGAUCGUAUCGCAGGAGUCUUCUGGAGAUGAAAGUGAUCAAAAUGUCAGUGAAGAAUUUGAGGGCAGAAGAAGAAGAUGA